CUCCUAGCAUAGGGGGAAGAGAAGAGAAUAUCCCAGGUUCCCCUCAACCCCUCCACCCUGCUCCUGCACUGUGUUAGGACCAAAAAGGGCUCGGAACUCGGGACGCCUGAUGCCGCGGGACCCUUUUCUUUCUUCCCGAAAAGCAGGAGACCAGAGCUGGGUCAGCACAGGCAGCACCAUUCCUCUCACCCACAGGGGAGGGACGGGGGCCGGGCAGGUCCAUAGUGGGUGCUGAGGAAUGAAGGGGAGGGCCGGGGCAGCGGGGGAGCUCACGCUGGAGGCUUGGACCGGAAGCUCGUGAGAAGAGGAGAGAGGAAGGGCCAGCUGCAAAGGGCAGGGUGGGGGCAUUCUAGCCUCGGAACUGGCAGCACCGAGGCCUCCCGGAAACCGGAAGCUAAGCUCUUACCAAUUCCCCUUCCUCCACUUCCAAAGCUUCCCCAACCCCCCCCACCCCCCAGCUCCUUAGCCGCCCGUGGAACUUCCUCCUUUCCGUCCCUCAAGCCUCGAGGCAAGACCAGGAAAAGAUGGAGGAGCUUCACCAGAUGGACUCACUGGGGCCACUUUGCUGCCUCUACAGGGAACCUAGAGCCUCAGGGAUGGCCUUUGAGCGGGACAGACUCCCAGCCCAGGAGGUGGUGAAGUUCAAGGAUGUGGCUGUGGACUUCACACAGGAGGAGUGGCGCCUCUUGUCCCCUCCCCAGAAGGAGCUGUACAAGGAGGUGAUGCUGGAGAAUGCCCAGAACAUGCUCUUUGUGGGGCUUCCAGCUCCCCCAGAAGACAUGAUCUCUUAUUUGGAGCAGAAGGAAUCCCCAUGGAUGUUGGAGCAAGAAGACCUGAGGAGCUUCUGCCCAGAAGGAGAGAUCAGACUUUCAUUGAAGGCGAAUCCAAUAGAGAUGAGCCUUCCUGUGGAAGAAAUGGACCUACGGAGUUUCAUGAAUGAUGGUCCUGAUAACUUUGCUUUCAGAGAAUUCUGUGUUGUAUCUCAAAAUUCAUCUCAUAUUGAACAUCAAAGAAUGCACACUGAGGAAAAAUCUAGUGAAAGUAAUCAGUGCAGAAAGAGUUUUAUGCACAGGGCCAGUCUUGCUGGACAUCAGAAAAUCCACACUGUUGAGAAACCUUAUGAAUGCAAGCGAUGUGGAAAGACAUUCAGUCAGAGCUCCCAUCUUACUCUGCAUCAGAGAAUCCACACUAAGGAUAAACCUUUUGAAUAUAAACAGUGUAGAAAGACUUUAAAUGGGAGCUUCAGUCUUGCUGUACAUCUGAGAAUCCACACUGGGGAGAAACCUUAUGAAUGUAAGCAGUGUAGAAAGACAUUCAAUACAAGCUCCCGUCUUGCUGUUCAUCAGAGAAUCCAUACUGGGGAGAAACCUUAUGAAUGCAAACACUGUAGAAAGACAUUCAGUACAAGCUCCAAUCUUGGUGUUCAUCAGAGAAUCCAUACUGGAGAGAAACCUUAUGAAUGCAAACAGUGUAGAAAGACAUUCAGGACAAGCUCCAAUCUUGGUGUUCAUAAGAGAAUCCACAGUGGAGACAGACCUUAUGAAUGUAAGCAAUGUGGAAAGACAUUCACUCAAAUCUCCAUUCUUGAUGUACAUCGGAGAACCCACACUGGGGAGAAACCUUAUGAAUGCAAGCAGUGUGGAAAGGCAUUCAGAAAUAACUCCAGUUUUGCUCUACAUCAGAGAACCCACACUGGGGAGAAACCUUAUGAAUGCAAACAGUGUGGAGAAACAUUCAGUCGGCGCUCCAUUCUCGCUGUUCAUCAGAGAAUCCACACUGGGGAGAAACCUUAUAAAUGCAAGCAGUGUGGAAUGACAUUCAGUUAUAGCUCCAGUUUUGCUGUACAUCAGAGAACCCACACAGGGGAGAAACCUUAUGAAUGCAAGCAAUGUAGAAAGACAUUCAGUUCAAGCUCAUAUCUUUCUGUACAUUGGAGAACCCAUACUGGGGAGAAACUUUAUGAAUGCAAACAGUGUGGGAAAACAUUCACAAGUAACUCCAGUUUUGGUGUACAUCAGAGAAUACAUACUGGGGAGAAACCUUAUAAAUGCAAUCAGUGUGGAGAGACAUUCAGUCGCAGCUCCCGUCUUACUGAACAUCAGAGGAUCCACACUGGUGAGAAACCUUAUGAAUGCAAGCAGUGUGGGAAGACUUUCAGAUUAAGCUGCACUUUUGCUGUACAUCAGAGAAUCCACACUGGACGUAAACCAUAUGAAUGCAAGCAUUGUAGAAGGACAUUCAGUACAAGCUUUGGACUUGCUAUACAUCAGAGAACCCACACAGGAGAGAAACCUUAUGAAUGCAAACAGUGUGGAAAGGCCUUCACUCAGAGCUCCAGUCUUGCUGUUCAUCAGAGAAUCCACACCGGGGAGAAACCUUAUGAAUGUAAGCAAUGUGGAGGGACAUUCAGCACAAGCUUUGGUCUUACUGUACAUCAGAGAACCCACACUGGGGAGAAACGUCAUGAAUGCAAGCAGUUUUGAAAGGCAUUCAAAAGUAACUAGUUUUGCUGUACAUCAGAGACUCCACACUGGAGAGGAUCCUUAAAAAUCCAAACUGUGGAAAUAUGUUUUCUUCCAUAUUCUAUCUUGCUAUUGUGUGAAGGAAAUUUACUUUACCCUCUUUAUGGGGCAGCGUAACUGGCCUGAGCCUAAACUUGACUCAGAGGCAAGGAUUGUUUAAUGGAAAUGCUUGAUUGAGGAUUGCCAGCAAGAAAAAGGCAGCAAUGCAGUCAGGAUCUCAUGAGAUGAAGACAGGGUGAUGUCCCCAGCAUCACUCUUAUGGACUUCUCCCUAGGUGGCCCAAGCAAAACUAAAAAGCCAUGGAUGACUCCUGAGAUGAGAUUUUUUGAGGGUGGAGAAAUGUUUCGAUAAACUGAGACAAGAGCAGAUACCCAAGUAUUUUUCUUUCAGUUUUGUUUUUGGCUGGACUUCCCUGUGAGCAUGGCUAGGAUGCCUUAAUAUUGGCCACCGAAUAACAAGCUAAAUAGAGCAGUGUACAAAGUACAUCUCCUAUUUUUCAUCUUUUCUCCCUACUACCUUAGAUUAAAUAAAAUUAAUUUAGCCCUAGUCUUAAUUUUCCCUCUUAUACUAUACAUCACAGAAACCACAGACAUUCACACUGAGCUCUCUCCUUCCUCAAAAAUCAUCUCUUCUAAGAUGAGGUCGAAAUGGCCAUAUGAUUUAGACUUAGAGUGUAGUCCUAUAAGAAAAUUAAGGUGGCAUAGAAUAGUUUCUCUUUCAGAUCAGUUCAUUCAUGACCAUAUAAGUAAUAGACAACAUUAUGAGGUCUAAAAUAGGUCAUUUUUAUUUUAUUAAACUCAAAGCUGUACAAAUAAAAUUGACACAGCCAGAUUAAAAGUGGAAUUAAAUGUGAAAACAAGAAAUUAUUUGAUUUACAAUAUGUCAAAUUAUUUUUAAAAAAUCUUAUCAAUACUCCCCAAUGUCUAUCUAGAUCUAAACAGUUGAUUUAGGGAGGAAAUAAUGUCUGCUCUAUAGAAAUCAUUUGCAAUUAGCAUAAUUUCCUAUACAAGGUUUUCUACAAAAUUCCUUUAAAGCAAAAAUUAAGAGAAAAAAUUAUAUUGUAUAUUUCAAAUACGAAGUAAAAUCAUUGGUGUUCCAAUGACUUCUCUUUUGUUGAAUACAUUAUCAAAAUAAUUAUGUGGAAAAUCACAUAUCUAUCAGCUUGACAUUCUGUACUGAUUGCACCCAGAGUCCAGUGUAGCAUAUCUGAUACAAUUGUACUUAUUCUACAAUUUCUAAAACUGUGUCAUACAUAUCAAUCUAAAGCUUAUUUUGCAACAAUGCCUGUGCUACUUAUAUGGCAAAUAUUUAUCACACCAGUAUAGAACUCAAAACUAAACAGAUUUGUUGGGAGAAGACCCAACUCUCAAUAAAGCCAGACUCUGCUCAAAUCAAGAGCAGAGACGCCAAAACUUAGGAGAUAGGUUUUUUUAAUGUCAAGAAUUCUGAUGACAGUGACAGAAAAGUUAUAAUUAAAAUAGAAUGGUUGCAAAAUCGUUCAUAUGGGCAUUUAAUGAAUGACACAAGUGUUGAUUAAUCUGGUAAGUGUAAAAAGGAUAACUAUGGGUGGCAACUUUGUAGUACUCAAGGUCUUGGUGUUUUUACUGAUGAUUAUUGUGAAAUAGGAUUCAGCAAUUUUGGUUAACUAAUAUUUGAAGAAUAGUUCUCCUGUGUGACUUGUCUAGUUCUACAAACAAGGCCAUCCUUCCUUUUUGUCUGACCAUCUUGUUAUACACCCAGGACAGUUGUGGUAGGAUUUAAGGAAACUCCUGGCUUACAGGCUUAAGGUCAGGAUGCAAACAAGAUUUUAUGGCACCCGGAAAUAAAUUUCUUAGCUAAUUUUUUCUAGUUUUUAUGAAGCAAACUGUAUUAUUUGAGUAUGAACUCAAAACUAAUUGUGUUAUAAAAACAAUCAUGAAGGCUAAUACUACUAUAAUCAAAAAAGAGGUAGGGUUUCACACUCUGACAUACAAGGUCAAAUAUAAUCAUCCUAAUAGGACAACAGAUAUGAAUUGAAGUGCUACUACAUUAUAAUUUAUUUUUAAACAGUUCCACCAAAUCUGGAUUCAUCCAUAUAAGUGAUACUUCUUCUCAAGAGACUUCUCAAGAGACAUUUGCUGUCAGCACCUCAAAUGAUAGGGACUUCUACUUUCAGAUUAUCCUGCUGCCCAAGGUUAAUGACUAUCUACCUGCUCAGGUAGAGGUCUUGAGUCCUGGAUAUGAAGGAAGGAAAAAGGAAAGUGUUGAAUAGAUGGGGAAGUGGAACCCCAGAGAUGAGAGCCCAGGUAGAAUUGAAGCCCUGGGGCAGAAUUGAAGGUCUGAGAAAGAACAUGACCUAAGACCCUCAGAAGGAAACCUCUUAAGAUUUUGUGACCAAGAGAAACUUCUCAGAAAGUGAGAUGCUACCUGAGAAGACUGAAUCCAAGAGAUUGAGGUGAUCAUGGUGGAAAUAUUCCAAGUAGUGGGUACAACGACUGUUAGGGGUAAACCUCAGAGAUGAGACUGAAUAUAUUUUUUAUUUGGUUGCCAGGGUUUUUAAUUGUAAAUCUCAAUGAAAUACUCAAGCGUGAAUAGAAUUUUAUGGUGUUUUGUUUACCAUAGAAGGAAGAAAUUAAGAAUGAGAGGGAGAGAGAGAGAAAAGGGAAGGAUAGCUGCCCUGGUCUGGUAUGAACCCAGCGGGAGUUCAGAGGCCUUAGCCAAGGGGCCUUCCCAGAGAUUAAAUCUAGCUCAGCUUACAGCCACAAGGCCUUUUUUAAGAUGAGGGGGUCUCCUUGGAAGUUGGUGCCUCCAGAAAGCCAAGAAAAGAGGAAUCAGCCCUAACACUCACCAUGUAAUGGUCUUAGGGAAGCAGUCUGAAGUCUCACUCUCGAGCUCUUCCAAGUCAAGAUCCACCACCAACCCCCCCUCUCACAGGAAGUGAUGUGAAAUGUAAAGGCAGGUUUUUAUGUCACUUUCUGUGUUUCACAUGUAGCAAUGGUGGCUUAAACUUGAAGUUGGACAGCCUGGGAGUAAGUCAGUUUCUGAUUUGUCACUUGCUAGCACACAUGGGUCACAGACCUUCCUCCUCCACACUCAAUCCUUUGGUGCGGGUGUAUACAUUCCUGCUUGUUUAAAUUCUAAAGACUAAGCAGGGUGGAGUAAAUCUAAAAUUCACACUAAGGAAAAGGAAGAAUUAUAAUAUCGGGCCUCUUGACCAAGAAUCAUCCAGGAGGCCAGUAUCACUGGGUCAGAGACAGAGUAGAGAAGAGUUCUUAUGGAAGAAACAUCCAGAUUUGUAGAAGAAUCUCAGACCAAGAAUGGGAGUCUGAGAUUCCAUUCAAUUUGUAAGAAAAGUAUUUAUUUGAAUAAGUUUAUGGUUGUUUAAUAACUGGUGGAAUAGUCUGGAGGUUAAUCAGGCAUCCUCAGGGCUGAUGGUUAAGUCCAGGGACUAGGACUCUUUGCCACUGAUUGUACAUAGUAGCAGCUCUGUAGUACAGUGCUAACUUCAUGUAUGGAUUAGCAGCCACAACUGUAGAAGAGCAGCUUUCCAGCUCUGUGGAUUAGGGUUGGCAUAUUUGUUAGGGCCAGGGAGCUUGUCAUCCCCGAUUCCAGAGAAAUCUCCACCUUUCCCCAAAACCCUGGAAGUGGGGCAAGGCCAAAUUCAGUUGCAUGUGUGUUUCAGGGUAUGAUGUCAUAGGGAAUAAGGAGCAUGUGCAAAUUAGGGGGAUUUUUCUGGAAUGCCAGAGCACCAGUGCACUGGCCCCUUGUUUCACAUUGUUUACUUUAUGAUCAUUGGUCAGUGUGAGAGUGGUCUCGCUGUCCUGGAAUAAGAACAUGGGGUGGGGGAUGUAGUACACUGGAGGACUGCUAUAGCUACUUAAUGAUGUUACAGUUCUAAGAACAAUAUGAGUACUUAAUGAAACCUAUUGGGCACAAAACUGAUGCCCAGUACUGAAUAUAACAUCCUGUACACAGAAUUGGUAACAAUUAUCUGCAGAUGCUAAAAUUACAUGUUUUGUAGUUGAUGUUUAACCAGCUUUAAGUAGUGAGAAAUACCAGAUUUCAGAGUCUGUGGGUCCCUUUCCUCACUACCCCCUCUGUGCCUGCUAUGAACCCACAUUAGAAUGAAGGAUAAAAAGUCUGGAAAGGGGGUUUGGGAAUUCCCUAUGAUGAAGGGCAGGGCUUAGCAAGCAGAGGCAGGCAGAAUCUUGAGGUCCUGACCCAAGCUACUGUGAAAGAGAAUUCUUUAUUGUCUAUGCUGAGUUAACACUACCUUAAGGACCUCAAUAGAUUGUGAAGGUAAGAGUAACUCCUUUGACUAACUUGAUUGAGUCAACACAAGUUUGAAAGAGGUAGAUGAGCUCAAAAACCACUUAGUGAAUUCACACCCUACUUUGUGCCAGGUUGGAGAGCUCCGCCUUUUUUAACUCAAUAAGAAACUUAUGAAUUAUUUUAAGAUUUUGUAACCUCAGAAACUAUUCGUUCACACCUUCAGAAACUGUUCAAUCAGGAAAUUGUGAAUCUUUUUCAUGAUAAAUUGACCUCCAGCUGGUGAGAAUUCAAUCCCAGACACUGUCCCCUGUGCAGUGCUAAGCAAUUUGGAAACUGAGUGGCAUCUGUGAAGAGGGGAGGAGAAAAGUCACCAUAAAAGCAAGCCCUGAACUCAGUCUGGAAGUUGGCCUUUGAGAAGAUAGUCUGAAGAAAUUGUCUUCUGGAGACAGCCUUCUGACUGGGGAGCAUCUUUGAGGGAGCUUUGCUGGAAACUGGUUUGGAUAAUGGGCUUAGAGCUCAGCUUCAACUUAGACUCUGACUCCUGGGCUACUUCAUUAGGUGAGUGAAAGGUUGACUCUUCCUAGUUUCCUAAGAGACUAUAUGGUUACUACCAGCUCUCAUGGUUGAGGACUAAUAUAAUUCUUUUUAUCCAACCUCUUUAACAUUUCUCUACUUUACUGUUUCUCCUCUAUUUUGGUAAAUAAACUUCUGACUUUAGAUAUAA